UAAAAUGAAAAGUGCAGUGGUAUAGGAUCGAUCCUGUACUCGACUAGAUCGACUGGAGUGGAUGGUUUCUUGAGUGUGCCUCUGGCCAGAGUGCUAGUGGUGUCUGCCUUGCAUAUGGAGCACGGAGGAGUUGCUAGGACGUUCACAGAUGCACUGGAGCAGAUCUGUAGGCUACAUACAAGUGAAAUCCAAGAGCUUGAAACGAAAGUGCAAGAGCAGGCUGAGCAACUGAGGGAUAAAGAUAGACAAUUUGAAGUGAUAAAAUAUAAUGUAUCCAAGGCUAAGAAGAAAAUUAAGCAACAAAAUGAGUACAUACGAUUGUUGGAAUCUCAGCAAGGUCUGCCUCACAAUGGCAGUGUCUUGUCAGUAGAGGCAAUCAAGACUAACUUCAACAAAACUGGCAUCUCUUUGUUUGGGGAAUCUCCUGUUUCUAGGGCAACCUCUACCCCCCACAGCGGACAAGUUAUAGAUCAAAGCACUGUUGUUCAGAUACCAGAGCAGAGCAAUGGAGACAUUGGUAAUAUUGAGGAAGAAAAAACCUUAACGGAUGAGUCAGCAAAUGAUAGUGAGUCUACUGAAGUGAGUGAGGAAGAAGUGGUUAUUAUUAGAGAUGACGAAACAGGCGUUGAUGCAACUCAAGCGGAAUCACAAAACUAUCCUCUUAUCGCAGAUCCACCACAAACUUGUGUGAGUCUGUUUGGCAACAGUGCAAAGACAUCUCCUCGAAGACCUUUACAGCUCAAACGACAAACUAAUAGAAUCAAAUACAAAGAAACUAAUAGUAACAUUUCCCCUGAGUCUGCUUCCUCCGCUAACUAUGAAAACCACACCCCCAACAUACUCAGUGAGACAGAGCUACCGUCUCCCGAUCUAUCUGAAUGUAAUUCCCCACCGUUUCUUGGCUCCUCCCCCCACAAAACCACCCCCUCCACACCAGUCACAUAUGGUGCAGCAUCAGUCAGCAUGUUUCACAGCACUACAAAAAUUGAUAACGACAGUUCAAAGUUCAAAACUCCACCACCUGGUACUCGAACAAACCCAAUCCCUCUCUCCGACUCUCAAUUUUCAUUGGACGUUUCUCAAAGUUGUCCCCCGUCCCCAGAACUCUGUGGUGGCCCUCCUUCAGGCUCAAUUCAAUCCAGGAAAUCAUAUCAGCAACAUUUCGUAUUUCCUACUACUCUAGAUGGCAAGCAGCGAUAUUUACAAGGACGCAAUAUACUAUUAAAGACGCCCUCCAUAUCUCUAGCACCUACAAUGAUACCCAUCACUCCUGGUAUAACGACAGUACAGAAUAUUUUGGGUAGAGCUAUAGAUUCUGACAAAAACGGUUUUGUUCAAUAUUUCAACGGCACUUCCAAUCGCAGUAAACGACGUGGGUCAGCUGAGAUCGAAGGAACAGUGCCUGAUAGAAAGAAAUUGCAUAGCAACCACGUCGACGGGAGCUCCCAAGCUGGGCACGACGAUGAUUCUGAUUCUAAAUUCGAAUACUCUCCGAAUUUAGUGAGUGGUGCUAUUGCUGGAACAGCUUCAAACUCAACAAAAGGGCGGAGCAAAGACGUCGGUAAUGAUGAGGAUGAUAGAGCACGCUUGGUAGAGAAGUACGGACUACCAGAGUAUGCUUGUGUGACAAAGAUACUCAAGAAAUCAGAUAGAGCAAAACUGGACGGAAAAGCAUGCCCUGAUUGCGAUCAAUGGUAUGGUGAUGAUGACGGCAUCCAUGAGGGACAACGUGAGCACUUAAAGCACACGUGUCGUCACAAGAACCUCCACCCACCCCCGAACACCAAUCCUGCCCUCUGGGACAUCAGCUUCCCUAAUUCACAGGAAUGUGACCAACUCAUGCAUAAACAGCAUAGCUAGCCAUUUGUAUGAACAUGUAUUAUACGUAUGUGCUGAAUCAUC